AUGAGGCAGUUUUGGAAUGCUCAACAUUUUCAUGAGAAUUUGAGGAAGUGCACGGUGAGUAAGGGGAAAUAACGUGUGCUUGCUUCAAACCGAAAAGACAUGCUGACUUUAGCGGGGCGCUGAGGAAUCCGGUUGCUUUAAUAGACACUUUGCUAUCGGUUUUUUACACUUUGUCUUGAUUUCACAGAGAAGACAGAGAAAAGAUGCGGAAAACGUACUCUCUCGCCUGAAGAAUUCCCCAUUUCUUCUCCGACAAUACAGUGGGGGACCUGAUCCAGUGGCAAAAACGUACCAUUUUGCGUUCAGGAAGCAUCAAAAAAUGUGGCAAAAAAUCUCCCUCUGCAAGUGAAAAAACUCAGGUUUCCCGCUCUUUUUGUGAUGAAAAAUGGCGCGCCCUUCAAAACGAAGUUUUUUAACUAGGGGAGGGAAGCAUUUUGAUACAUUUUUGAUACUUCCCGGAUGCAAAAUGGUACGUUUUUUGCCACUGGAUCAGGUCCCCCACUUUAAGUUUUUUUGCCUGAAAAUUCCCCAUUUCUCCUCCGGCGAUAAGUUUUUUGCGUCUUUGUUUGCGAACUGUCACCUUUUUCGUCAUGUCUUGUCAAGACAUUCUACCAAAUCAUGAAUUAAUAAUCGCCUUUUUUUAAAGUUUUUUUGCAAAAAAAGUCUUUAAUAUUUUGUCUCUCAGCCAAAAAAAGGCAAACUCCAAAACGACCAUAACAUUAAUUAACAUUUAUUUAGCUCCUUCUCAACCUUAUCAUCUGCUUUUCUCCCGUUUUGCAUCCCAUCACUUUCUACCUGGCUCAAGAAGAGAGUCCCAUCACAAACGGCAGAACUGAUUAUGCAGUCAUCUUAUAUACGGCUCAAAUUCUUCACCACAUCUCCUUGCUUUUUCUGCAUACGAAAUUCUUUAUCCUUGUGGUCGAAAGAGCGUUGGCCUAUCGACAACGGAAGGUUUAUGAGAACGCAAGGAACAGCUACGUGUUGCAGAUGAUGGUUGUUACCGUAAGACCACUAAAAUGUCUGUAAAAUGUAUGCCUUGCAGCUUCUGCUAUGUUUGCUGGAGAUAUCAUCAAAACUGUUGGCUUACGCGAUCAUCAGCAGCGAGGAUAAUGUGGACGUUUGGUUGUCGAAGGCAUUCACUGUCGAAAAGUCGCCUUCGUAUUUUCUUUUUACGUAUUCUUUGUCUGCAUGCUCAGGACUCGUGGGUUAUGUGGUAAGUUUGAUUUUUAAAUAAAGCUAUUACUAUAAUUGAUACUAAUUACCCCUAGUGUGACACAAAUUAGAUUUUCAUGAUACUGGGAGCAAGUUUAGAUUAACUCUUUCUAAAAAUUCUUGUGGAACUUUUAACUCGCGCUUUACAGAAACGAUUGAGAUUGUUAGCCCAAAAGUUGGGAAAAAUAGGCCUUUUUUUGCUAAUUUUGGCAUGAAAAGUUUCAUGCGUACGUAGAGUGCAAUGUUUCCACAAAAAAAUAAUUUUUCGGGGAUUUCCCAGUUCAGCUACCCAAAACGGGUAAUUUAAAUUUAGAGCCCCAGUAUCCCUGCAUGGUGUUGGUGUUCACAUUCAGGUCGUAUUCAAUACUAACUGUAUUAUUUUUAGUAUAUCAAACCCCCAAUGUUGUAAAUCCAACCCCCUACGUUUUAGAUCAAACCCACACUUUUCAGAUUGAAUGAGGGGGUUUGUACUAGGUCGUGGGGGUCUGAACUGGACUGGGGGUUUGUACUAUCUUAGCUCCAAUUUUUCAAAAGGACUACUCUCCGAGUUUCGCCCAAUCUUUAGCGGAAAAAGGGCUACCGUUUCGCCCAAUCUUUCGCGGCAAAGAACGUUGAUUAUCUCGGCCUUUUCAGAGCUUCCAAAGCCUUCUCCGUCGCGCCAAAGUACAGCGGCACAAAAGCCAGACACUCAGCGAGCGAUUCGAGCUUCGGCAAACCGAGAUCAUCACCAACAUCAUGCUGCCUUUAUGUUCGGGAUACUGUCUCUGCGUGGCUUCCUGUUUUGCCAUCCCAAUUGCUGCGAUCAGGCUCAUAGUCUUUGGAGGUGGCUGGGAGUGGCAAAAAUUUUAUCAAAUUAUCGUACUGGUAAGUUGCAAAAUUAGAAAAGAAAAAUUUAUAUUUGUUUUAGUAUUCUAACUGGAUGAUUGGAGUGUACAAUCUGGGCGCUACAGUCUACACAAUGAGAAAGAUAAAAGCAAUGAGUGCAAAGAACAGUCGGCGAACUGGGGCGUGCUCGCCAAACAACGAGACCGAGCGGUAUUUCAAGCAGCUGGCGGAGCAGUGGGCAGCAACACAGUCGAGAAAAUAG